GUCGGCAUGCCCGCACAUAUGCUGCAGGCUCGGGUGAGCGUGCUUGCCAAGGUGUUUGCUCCCGACAGCAUUCGGCAGAGUCGCCCGAUUACCAUCUACAGCACCCUGUACCGAGUCUGGUCGUCCUGCCUCACCCGUAAGGUUUUGAAGGAGUGGGCCCCGCAUUUUCCGGAGAACAUUGCUGGGUCUCUCCCGGGCCGCUCCAGUCGUGACCUCAGCUACCGCCAGCAACACGCCAUUGAAUGUGCUCUGGUGCAUAAACGCCCGCGACUGGGUUUGUCCAUUGACAUUGUCAAAUGCUUCAAUCAGCUCGGCUGGGCCCCACUUUACCACAUGCUUCACGCUUUGGGCCUUCCCAGGGACGUGCUGGAGUUCUGGUUCACUUGUCUGUCAAAAAUGGAACGCCGCUCUGCCUUUCUGGGCGACCUUGGCCCCGCCAUCAGAUGCUAUAACGGUGCACCCGAGGGAGACCCCUUUUCCGUUGCCGCCAUGGCCGGCCUGUGCUUUUGGGCUCAUAACCUCUGUGCCACUGAUGGUGUUGUCUUCGACUCUUACGUUGAUAACUGGGCGUGGUCGGGUGAAUCAACCACAGCAGUUGAAGCAGCCGUGCCGAAAGCAUUGCGCUUCCUGGACAGUCUGCGUCUCCCGAUAGACUGGAAGAAGUCCUACCCAUGGGCCACUCAACGCCCCGACCGACUGUCGUGGCAAAGAGUUCGACCGAACCUUUUCCUGCCGGCUCUUGUUUGCGAGGCCAAGGAUUUGGGGAUCGCCUAUAAGUACGAUGGUCGUAUGCACCGGGUUGCCCGUAACCACCGUCUGGAGGAAGGGGCCCAACGCCUCGAGAGGCUGCGUCAGCAGCCCCGGUCCGUGCUUGAAAAGGCCUCCUUGAUCCAACGAGGCAAAGCAGCCCGAGCCAUCACAGGCGACUACCGCAUCCUCUCGCCCCACUUGGCGCUGGGCGCACUUACGGACUGUGUGCAGGUACAUGGUCCUGCCACGGCCCUGGCCGUUACGUUCCAGCGUUUGGGCCUCUCCAUGGACGAUGCUUUACUGCGCCAGCGGCAGUGCCUGCGCCUGUUCACUGAUGGUUCUUGCUCCUGCCCCCAUUUGCCUGAAGCGAGCCGCGCCGCAUGGGCCGUGGUCAUGGACGCCUCAGAAAGUGAUGCCGAGAUUCCGACCCUCCUCCAACAGUGGCGCCUGCAUAGACGUUUGCCCACCAGUUUCCACGUGGUUGACCAGGGCCUGGUUCCGGGUGUGCAGAGCAUCAACAGGGCGGAGACCAUUGCAAAUACUACAAGCUGCCCGUCCGCUGAAAUCUGGACCGACAGUACCUUUGCCAUGUCGGAGUGGCAGCGUGCUCUUGCUGGAUCUACUGCCACGUGGCCUGACUUGGGUGAAGAGCUGCAACAGGUUGCUUCGGUGCGCAUCACUGUCCACAAGGUUUCGUCCCACCAAAACCUUGAUGAACUGUGGGGACUGGAGCAAUGGCUAGCCGCUGGUAACCACGUCGUGGACACAGCGGCCAAAGCAGCACUUCAAAGGGAAUUCCCAUUGAUUCAAGCAAUCACAGGGAACGCAGCGGGCUUCUUUGCCGAACAGCGGGACCAUCUUUGGCUAUUCUGGCGCUAUCUACUGCAGGUCUCCCAGGAAGAAUGCCGAUUGAUACGCCAGCUUGCAAAAGAAGUUAAGGCGCAUGGUGCCCCUGCACAGGAUGACAAUCAUGACGUCCCGCGACUACCUUGCUUGUCAGCGUGGGAGAAGCAAGAUGCUGGCCCCUUUCAGACCUGGCAAGUUCCGGUGGCCUCCAGAGAAUGGCUAUUGGCCUGCUCCUGGCCACCAUGGUUCACCGUGCCUCUCUGGGACUGGCUUUCUGGUCUCCAGUGGUCCCUGCAGCCGCUGCGUAAGAAGGCGGUGACAGGCGCUACAUACCUGGAACUGGUGGUGGAUUUCGUUGCCUCAACAAAGGUUUGCCCACCACACGAGCUUGCAGCAGCUCGUGCGCUGGACAAGCCCCCCAAGCGAGUGGACGUCCCGUGUACAUUGCGGCAGGUCGUGUUUUCUUAG